AUGAAGCUUUCUCUUGUCCUCAGCGCACUCGCAUAUAUCGUGGUUCUUGUCACAGCGUACCCUAUGUCACAAGCAGCCAUCGCAAAACGUAGUACCUGUGUUAAACGUGCUGACCUUCUACCAAACGUGGAGAAACGCGAGGAACUUGACCCCGAACCCUACUACAAUGAUUACAACGACAGCACGUACGAGCCCUGUGGCGGCUAG